UUCCGUUGGGAAAUACUUGCAGGGGCGGGACAUCCGGCGUCCUUCUCGUGGCGGGCAAAUUCCUUCAGCCAGAAUCCCCAUCAUUACUUGCUCAGAAGGUCCAGUUCUCUGGGUGCUGGUGGAGAUGCCCGAGCAGAGAAGGUGCCAGAUUCGCAGUUCACAAAGCUCACCUGAGAGGGAGAAGCUGGGCGACGAUGCCCUGGUGGCCCGCGCCAGGGCCGAGACAGGGGUCGCCAGUGCAGCAGUCGCCCUGGCGGGGGAGGCCUCCUCUUCCGCUGCUAUGUCCCGGCCUGGAGAUCAGAGUGUGUUGGCGGCCUUGCUGAGACGCCCCGCUGAGGUUGGAGUGACCUUUGCAGAUAUUGCCUUGUACUUCUCCAGGGAAGAAUGGCAUCUCCUUGAUGAAGCUCAGAGACGUCUGUACCUGGAUGUGAUGCUGGAGAACUUUGAACUUAUAUCUUCACUGGGUAAUGCCUUCACUGUGCCAGUGGUGUGGACCAGGCUUUGCAUUUCCUUAUGCCCUCUGUUCUCUAGGGGGUACUCUGUCCUCAUACGUGGACUAGAAGUCCUGCUCGAUUUUCCAGUUUUCUGAGUAGUUCCUUUCCUUGGUAGGGCUGCUUUUUUGCACCACCCUUUUCUCCCCCUGCAAUACCAGUACCCAUAGUAGUGAACUCACAGGGAAGGAUUUAUGACUUGGAAUGUUGCAUGGAGACUAAUAGAUACCACCUUGAUUUGUGACAAAAAGUGUUUUUUUUUUUUUGCAUUCCUGUUGGUCAUUUGUAUAUACAUACUUUGGAAAAGUGUCUGUA